AUGGUUCAUUGGGAUGCAAGCGAGAGGAAGGCUAUCACCUCUGUCUGGGCAAAAGUUGACUGUGAAGCAGAUGGCCUUCAGGCUUUGCUAAGGCUGCUGGUUGUAUACCCCUGGACUCAGAGGUACUUCAGCAAAUUUGGUGAUUUAUCUACUGCUGAAGCUAUUAUGUCAAACCCCAAUGUGAAAGCUCAUGGACUUAAGGUGUUCUCAGCACUCGAUGAGGCCAUCAAACAUAUGGACAACAUCAAGGGGCACCUAAAAGAACUCAGCCUUCUUCAUUCUGAGACACUCAAUGUGGACCCUGCAAACUUCACUCUUCUGGGAAACUGUGUCCUGAUUGUGCUGGCAGCCAAAUUAGGUGCUGAAGAGUUUAAUUCUGAAACUCAUGCUACCUGGGAGAAAUUGAUGGCUGUCGUUUCAGCAGGUCUGUCCAAACAAUACUACUAAAUCACCCGUGUAUGGUACAGAAGUUCAGAGCUUAUCAUCUAAGGAACAUCUAGGAGUCACUGUCAGUGGACAUCAAGAUUGUGAAUCAGAUGUUUAAUGUUGAAAGGCAAGAAAUUUUGACCAUGUAUGAAACUGUUAUAAAACCUGCAUGUACCAGAGAGAAAUCCUUGGCACACAGUGCACUUUUUGACAGUUUAGGAAUUAUGUACCAAUAAUAUUCAUGAAAGAAUUAUUUUGA